UGGACAGAUCCUCCAGCCGGGUGUCAGGCUGUGGGAGACAGCGUUCCCACGCCCCCUGGACAGUCUGGGCAAUAUCUCCAGCAGGAGAAGGAGCAGCUGAUCAUGAGGAUGGGAGAUGAGAUCAAACGACUGUGUGAGUUUGAAAGCGAGUCCAAGCGUAAAGACUCCACCAUGGCCCAGCUGAGGAAUGAAAUGGAGUCACUGCGCCAGGCGGCCACACACACAGGGACAGACAGCAGCCAGCACAACCUGGAGAUCAGCCAGAAACUUCUGACCCUUGGCUGUGACAUCGAGGCCAAGACAACGGAAAUUGAAGCUCUGAAAGAACAGAUCAACAAUUUUGAAAAGGGAUCGAAUGAGAUUUUGAUUCACUCCCUGAAGGAGAAAGACCUGGAGAUUAUCCAGCUCAGAAACGAAACCAAAAACCUCAAGAGAAACAAUAACAUGACCUCAGGGCUGGUGACCAGCCUCCAGAGAGAUCUCGCUGCUCGGCAACAGCAAGUCCAGCGGGCAAUCUCUGAGGCUGAGACACUGCGGAGAAAGUUGAGUGAGAAGGACAGUCAGCUGGCAGCCAUGUCUGCCAAGUUUUCCAGAAUGAAGGAAUCGCGGAAGAUCAACGAUGAGGUGAAGGUCAGAGAAUCAGAGUUGGUGACACUCAGACAUACAGUGGAGGAGCUGAAGGCUGAGGUGCAGGUUUACCGUGGAGAGCUGGAGAGUGUCAACACCUUGCGAGCUGAGGAGAAGCGGAUUCAGGAGUGGCAGCGACAGGAACUGGUGACGAGCCGCCAGCAGCUACAGGCCACAGAGCGGGGGGAGCGACUGCUCAGAGUUCAACUGCAGCAAACCCAGGCCAGGCUGGAGAGAUUCCGAAGUCGGAUCAUCCAGACCACGUACUGUGCCCCUGGAGUCCCAGCUCCUCGAGAGUUGCUCACGGAUCAACAGGUCCUCGAGCAGAUGAAGCAGAUCAUCGCCGAGAGAUCCGAGUUCCAGGAGGCGCUGCAGCAGAUUCGGCAUCAGCGGGAGUGUGAGGAGUGUGAAGGCCAGGAACGUGAGGAGCGGGAAUGCUGGGAACGACAGGAAUAUGAGGAACAGGAACGUGAGGAUCGGAAACGUGAAGGGCGGGAACGACGGGAACUUGAGGAGCUGGAAUGCCGGGAGCAGGAGGAGAGGAACACCAGUGUGGAACGGCUGAGGAGUGCACUAGAGGAGAGCCAGAACCGCGUGGAUCAGAUGCCGAGCAGCGCGGAGGAGGUGGAGGAACCGUGUAAGCACAGUCUGGAGGAGAAGACCAGGAUGGAGUUGGCUGAGGCUGGGGACCGUCUCCGGACACAGCAGGAUGUGAUCGAGGGGCUGAGACGGCUCCUCGUGACAGCGAACGCCAGUAUGUCAGACCUGGCAGGUGAGCUGAGUGAGAAGCAGAAGGAGGAGCUGGAGGAGCAGCGACGACUGAGUGAGCUUCAGGCCCAGGCGCUCAGCUCCCUGCGCAAACAGCUGGCCCGCACUGCCCGGCUGCUGGGGGAGAAGGAGCAGGAACUCCAGGAGGUCAACAUGCGGCUGAGGAAGCGUGAGGAGAGUCUGGAGGAGGUGAGACAGGCAGUCGGCGAAAAGGCAGCCGAAUGCCGGAAUUUACAGGACGCACUGAGCCAGGGACAAAGUCCCCUAAAGCAGCUUCACACAAAUACUGAGGAGCCACUGGCCUCUGAGCUGUCAGUGCUGGGGUUAGAGUGCAAAGGUCGCCGGCACGAAGAGGUCAUUCAGCGACAGCGGGCUGCGCUGGCGGAGCUGCGGAGCAGGAUGACAUCCGUGGAGCAGACGUGUGCAGCAAGAGACCCCCAGGAAAAGGAGCGAGGGGCAGGGGCCGGGAGCCCACCGAGCUGGGGCCACAGUGGCGAGGCACGCGGGAACCAGGAGAAUCUCAGACUUGCCUCUGUCACUAUCUCAGAGGCUUCCAUUGAGAGGACUUUACGGUUGGAAAUGUCAGAGGCCCUUGAUCUCAGUGAGAUGACGUACCUGGAUAUGGUGAAGGUUCUCUCCAAAGUGCUCAACAUGACGGAGCUGUCGAGAUCACUCUCCAUGAAGCACAUCCCUCGGGAUGAGAGGGAGAAGCUGGGGACGCAGCGGAGGAGAGACUUGGAGAUGUUGAGCAGUCAGAUCAGCCAGCUACAGACACAGCUGGAGAGGAAGGAAGAACUGCUGCAGGCCUACGAGAAGGACCUGGAACAGCUGAGGCAGCAGCAGGUGGUUGUACACACACAGAGAUAUGAGGUUGAGCGAUUACAGACAGAGUUACAGAGGCAAAUUGAGGAGAAUGGGCUGAUCAGAGAGUCGCUGAGGCAAGCUCAGGCCCGCCUGGACCAGGAGAAGAGGCUCAAUAAAGCCAUCAAACAGCGCAAGACCUUCCACCUGGAGCAGCUGGAGAAGCAAGGGACAAAGCUGGUGUAUCACACCUGUGUGCAGGACGUGUUCGGCCAGGCUCCAGCCAAACAGAAGGCGAUGGAGGAGAAGCUGAAGAGGAAAGGUUACGAGAUCGAGAAGCUGAAGAAUGAGCUGAGGAAACAGGACCAGGAGCUGUGUCACACCACCAGCCAGCUCGUCAACCUGCAGCUCGCCUCGCGGAUGAUAGGGAGACAGAAUCCAGAGGAGUGAGACACAUCGGGAUUCUCGGAAUCCAGCCUCCAGCCGUGCGCAAUUAGCUGUCAUGUUUCUUCAACAAAAUAUACAGU